AUCAAACACCCAUGAAACAUGCUUUUGCUUAAUUAUAUAUUCCUAAGGUUUUGUUUUUUAACAGAGUGUUUGCCCAUAACACUAUUGUAUGACCAAUACUGUUCGUAAAUCAAGGGAGGUAAUUCGGAAUCAUGUUUACUGGUUUCUGCAAUUCUCAAACAGUUCUGUAUGAAGAAUGUGUUCAAUUUGUAGCCGGUAUGGACAACUUACUACUCUGUGGUGAAGAAGGGCUUUAUAUUCAUAUAAUGUCAAAAAUUAUAGCAAACAAUAUAAGAAUCCAAUCAAAACAAUGAUUCAAAAUGGCCGUUUGGGCAGAAUUUAGUACGGUUAAGGACCUAUGGCCUGGUAACAAUCUUGUUAACAUUGUUUCCAUGUUAACAUUGUGCAUGCUUUCGCAUUGAAAUCAGUGUGGAAUGUCAUUUAUUUCAGGUUUUAGUCGUUUGCUUGUAAGGCAAGAUAGUCCCUGGAGAAGAACUAAAAUACGUCAACAGCCUUGUCAGCGGAAAGACACUCCGUUGCAGUUACUGAAGAUUUGCGAGGUGACCAGUUUCCAGACAUUGGUUCGCUCCUGCUUGUGUUUUAGUCGUUUGCUUGUAAGGCAAGAUAGUCCCUGGAGAAGAACUAAAAUACGUCAACAGCCUUGUCAGCGGAAAGACACUCCGUUGCAGUUACUGAAGAUUUGCGAGGUGACCAGUUUCCAGACAUUGGUUCGCUCCUGCUUGUGUUUUAGUCGUUUGCUUGUAAGGCAAGAUAGUCCCUGGAGAAGAACUAAAAUACGUCAACAGCCUUGUCAGCGGAAAGACACUCCGUUGCAGUUACUGAAGAUUUGCGAGGUGACCAGUUUCCAGACAUUGGUUCGCUCCUGCUUGUGUUUUAGUCGUUUGCUUGUAAGGCAAGAUAGUCCCUGGAGAAGAACUAAAAUACGUCAACAGCCUUGUCAGCGGAAAGACACUCCGUUGCAGUUACUGAAGAUUUGCGAGGUGACCAGUUUCCAGACAUUGGUUCGCUCCUGCUUGUGUUUUAGUCGUUUGCUUGUAAGGCAAGAUAGUCCCUGGAGAAGAACUAAAAUACGUCAACAGCCUUGUCAGCGGAAAGACACUCCGUUGCAGUUACUGAAGAUUUGCGAGGUGACCAGUUUCCAGACAUUGGUUCGCUCCUGCUUGUGUACGCGAUUGGCCGAGACUAAAAAAACUGUAGUGUGCCACUUAUAUAGAUUUAUAUAGAUUUAAAAUUGUACAUGUUAUUAUUUCACACUAUUCUGUGGACGCUCACGAUAAAAUCAUUCAUCUCUGACGACCGGAUGCUUAAGCACGUGGGGUAGGUUUUGUUUCAUCUUGCUGCAGGUGGAAAUUGUGAAACGCGAUAUAAUAUUAAUUUUAUUUGUAUGCCAUCAUUUGAGGUGGGCUGUAACAAUAGGAAAACAUAAAAAUAAAUAAAAACAAUAUUUUUCGAAUGAAUAUUUCUGGAAAGCAACCCUGUGGGAGUUGAAAACAAUGUAUAUUAUCUCUAUGAACUUUUUAACAGUUUCUUUCCAUAUGUGUUACAUAUAUUAUCUUUUUUAACUUUGUUAACAGUUGUUACAGUUACUAGCGAUCUAGUAAUUAUCUUUCUUAA